UGCUAUCCAGAGAUAAGAUAUUCAUGUAAAUAUUCUUAUGGUCUGUGCUGCAGGUUUUUUCAGGCAGUUUAUAUGCUUUCAGGUGUCUUCUUUGGACCACGUGAUGUAUUUGUAUUACGUAUUUGUAUUACGUAUUUGAUACAGAGAGGAAGAAAUAAGGUGAAGCUCUGCUGUCAUAUUGCUGGAAUUGGUGUAGUGAGAUUGUCAGCACAGUGGGGCCUGAAGAGUUUCUCUGGGUUUGAACAUGGCUCUGACAUUAUGUGUCCUUUUGACUUCAUUUAACUUCUCUGUUCUUCAGUUUCCUUAUCUAGAAAAUACGUUUAAUAUAAUAAUCUUUGGGAGGCCGAGGCGGGUGGAUCACGAGGUCAGGAGUUCAAGACCAGCUUCCCAACAUGGUGAAACCCCAUCUUUACUAAAAAUACAGAAAUUAGCCAGGCGCCUGUAAUCCCAGCUAUUCGGGAGGCUGAGGCAGGAGAAUCGCUUGAAUCCCGGGGGCGGAGGUUGCAGUGAGCCGAGAUCGCUCCACCGCACUCCAGCCUGGGCGACAGAACAAGACUCUGUCUCGGGUAGUGGUGGUGGGUCGGGGGGAAUAACCUAUCUUAUGUGGUUAUGAUAAUAAAAUGAGUUGAUAUGUAAACCACUUAGAACAGGUCCUGAUAUAAAGUCAGUGCCAGCCACAGUUUAGUCCAGGCUGGGUAGAUGCUUUGAAGCUUGAUAUUGUUUCAAUGUACUUUGCAUUUCUGAAAACGUGAACAUUUCAAAGCAUUCAUUUGAUCUCCUAAGGACUACCUAUACCGGAGCCUCAUUCCAGCACAUUUGUAAGCGAGGCACGCCUCCUAGAGGCCACGAGUGAAGUUAAUUUCCAAUUCUCGAAAAUCUUAACAGACAGCGGAGAACUGGUGUGGUGGCUCUGACGCCCCGCUUGUGAGUCUGCAGUCGGACAUCUGGAAAGUAAGCGGCACGCCCGCGUAAUCUCCAGUGCUUCAUCUUCUUCCACCCUACCUUCCCUCCGAGGCUGGGUUCUUCUAAUUCCUGUAGAUUGCAGAGCGAUUCCUGCGAAUGUGCAUUCUUUCAUUCAUUCUAGUUCAUUCCACAGAUAAUUCAGCUGCGCGUUUCGUCUGUGCGAGGCAUUGCCGGAGAGCGGGGAGCGAAUUGAACGCGGAACUUGCCAGUAGGGGCUUGCCGCCCAAUACGAAAUUCAAAAUAUAUAUUGUAUGUAGACGGGCAAACUAACGAGGAUCUUGUAACUUGUUUUCUCAUCUGCCAAAUGGGCGUAAUACGACCUUAUAUGACCUUAUAGGUCGCUGAAAGAUUGAACCAGGGGAAACAAAGAGCCCCUAAUAGUGAGCUAGGUGAAAAAAAGAUCCUAAUGCCUUUUUUCCUCGUUCCGCCCCAGAUUGAAAGUGAUGAGUGCCAGCCUUGCGGGUUAAAGUGCCAUAUUUUCCUCAAUAUAGGGAAUAUUUGUUAGUGUCCCCAAACGAAGUUACAUUGGUUCAAUUUUCGGCGUAUGGGAGUUUUCGCCACUAGCAUUCAGCACCCCAGUUUCAACCGUUAAAAGCUACCGACUCCACAUACAGGAAAUGCAUCUUAAAAUUUGGAAAAAAAAUUCCCAAAACACUGACAUCCAAACACUUUAAAGCUGCCAAGGCGGAUGGAACACCUUGAACUCCCAGACGCGCUCCACUGAGCACGCCCAGAGCCUCAGGCCCAACCCCCUCCUACCCGCCAAGGGGAGGUGGGGCAGGGCUGGCCUUCUGUGCUAGUCGCUUCCGCUUCCGGUUUCAUAUGAACUCUCCCGCCACCCGGGAACAGUAGCUGCCAGCGUUUGUGUUUUCCCGAGUUUGAAUUCUUGCAGGUGACCAAGAUGGAGUUUUCUGGAAGAAAGUGGAAGACGCUGAGGUUGGCAGGUGACCAGAGGAAUGCUUCCUACCCUCAUUGCCUUCAGUUUUACUUGCAGCCACCUUGUGAAAACAUAUCUUUAAUAGAAUUUGAAAACUUGGCUAUUGAUAGAGUUAAAUUGUUAAAAUCAGUUGAAAAUCUUGGAGUGAGCUAUAUGAAAGGAACUGAACAAUACCAGAGUAAGUUGGAGAGUGAGCUUCGGAAGCUCAAGUUUUCCUACAGAGAAAACUUAGAAGAUGAAUAUGAACCACGAAGAAGAGAUCAUAUUUCUCAUUUUAUUUUGCGGCUUGCUUAUUGCCAGUCUGAAGAACUUAGACGCUGGUUCAUUCAACAAGAAAUGGAUCUCCUUCGAUUUAGAUUUAGUAUUUUACCCAAGGAUAAAAUUCAGGAUUUCUUAAAGGAUAGCCAAUUGCAGUUUGAGGCUAUAAGUGAUGAAGAGAAGACUCUUCGAGAUCAGGAGAUUAUUGCCUCAUCACCAAGUUUAAGUGGACUUAAGUUGGGGUUCGAGUCCAUUUAUAAGAUCCCUUUUGCUGAUGCUCUGGAUUUGUUUCGAGGAAGGAAAGUCUAUUUGGAAGAUGGCUUUGCUUACGUACCACUUAAGGACAUUGUGGCAAUCAUCCUGAAUGAAUUUAGAGCCAAACUGUCUAAGGCUUUGGCAUUAACAGCCAGGUCCUUGCCUGCUGUGCAGUCUGAUGAAAGACUUCAGCCUCUGCUCAACCACCUCAGUCAUUCCUACACUGGCCAAGAUUACAGUACCCAGGGAAAUGUUGGGAAGAUUUCUUUAGAUCAGAUUGAUUCGCUUUCUACCAAAUCCUUCCCACCUUGCAUGCGUCAGUUACAUAAAGCCUUGCGGGAAAAUCACCAUCUUCGUCAUGGAGGCCGAAUGCAGUAUGGCCUAUUUCUGAAGGGCAUUGGUUUAACUUUGGAACAGGCAUUGCAGUUCUGGAAGCAAGAAUUUAUCAAAGGAAAGAUGGAUCCAGACAAGGUUCUUGUGAGGAGCUGGGAUAAUGUCUGUCAAGUGCCUGACACACUACUGAGCACAUAUAGCCACUCUUUUGAUAAAGGUUACUCUUACAACAUCCGUCAUAGCUUUGGAAAGGAAGGCAAGAGGACAGACUAUACACCUUUCAGUUGCCUGAAGAUUAUUCUAUCCAAUCCACCAAGCCAAGGGGAUUAUCAUGGGUGCCCAUUCCGUCACAGUGAUCCAGAGCUGCUGAAGCAAAAGUUGCAGUCAUACAAGAUCUCUCCUGGAGGGAUAAGCCAGAUUUUGGAUUUAGUAAAGGGGACACAUUACCAGGUAGCCUGUCAAAAAUACUUUGAGAUGAUACACAAUGUGGAUGAUUGUGGCUUUUCUUUGAAUCAUCCUAAUCAGUUCUUUUGUGAGAGCCAACGUAUUCUAAAUGGUGGUAAAGACAUAAAGAAGGAACCUAUCCAACCAGAAACUCCUCAACCCAAACCAAGUGUCCAGAAAACCAAGGAUGCAUCAUCUGCUCUGGCCUCUUUAAAUUCCUCUCUGGAAAUGGAUAUGGAAGGACUAGAAGAUUACUUUAGUGAAGAUUCUUAGGCAGUUUUGUAACCCUUUUUCCUCAGUAGCCUGUUUCCUCUUUUUAAGAUUUUGCCUUUGUUGUUGAAAAAGGGUUUCACUCUGUCACCGAGGCUUAGUGCAGUGACACAAUUACAGCUGAUUGCAGCCUCGACCUUCCCAGCUCAAGUGAUCCUCCUGCCUCAGCCUCCCAAGUAGUUGGGACCACACGUGUGCACCCCAUAUCCAGCUAAUUAAAAAAAAAUUUUUUUUGUAGAGGUGGGGGUCUCCUUAUGUUGCCCAGGCUGAUCUCAAACUCCUGGGCUCAAGUGAUCCUCACACCUCAGCCUCCCAGAGUGCUGGGAUUACAGUUGUGAGCCACUGUGCCUGGCCUUUCUUUUUUAUAACCUUUUUGUUUAACUUCUCUCUACACUACAUCCCAAUCCAUCUACAGGCACGCACACUUAUUAGGAAAGCAGGUUUGAAGUAACAACAGAGACUUUCACUAUAUUUUGCUUUGACAAAAGGAAAGAGGAAGAGUUUCUAUUAAAAUCUGUCACUUGAGUGAUGUCAUUUAAGUCCUGUUUUAGGUGAUAAAAAUAGCUUUGGGGACUGGUUAAAGUCCCCCAGAAACUCCAAUAAAGAACAACUUUUGUUUUAACUCUUAUCACUUUGUAAUUUUGACUCAAUCCUUUUCUGGACCAUUUUUGUUAAUAAAUAUCAAAGUGUA